UCUGCGUUUACCUCUCUCAACCUCUCACUUUCCUGUCCCACUGUCAGCUGGUCGGAAUAACACCUCUCUUUACUCUCGUUGGGGAAGUCAACACUGUAUUUGUACAUCUGUGACUAGAGUCCCGAUCCUCUCUCUUCAGGACAGCACCGUAAGGAAAGCCUCAGAAGGUGAUUCAGUUCUUAGCCAGCAUCACCUGUUUUGUUUCCAGUGAGCAGGAAUAAUUGCGUCUGACUGACAUUUCCAUAAAGAGGAAGCUGGAAAUUUCAUUAAGCAGAUAGCCAUGACAAACACAAGACGGUGGGCUGGUGUGACUUUCUUCUCAGCAGUCAUGGGGAGGUCAGGAGAGAUCUGGAUUUGGUCGCUGGGGAAGGCCGUAUGGUUGUUACUCACCCUCCUCCUGUUUAUUACCUACAUCCAUGGUAUUUCUCCACCACAGCCAAGGGUCCUCUUGUCAUUUCAAGAACUACAGAAAAGCCAGUCUUUUGAGCACUACACCUUGUCCGAGAGGGCGAUGGAUUACAGAAUACUUUAUGUGGAUGAAGACCAAGAUCGUAUGUAUGUGGGCUGUAAGGAUCAUCUACUCUCAAUGGAUAUCAACAACAUCACCCAGAGCACACUGAAGAUCUUCUGGCCAGCAUCCACCACUAAGGUCGAGGAGUGUCAGAUGGCUGGCAAAGACCCCACACACGGCUGUGGAAACUUCAUAAGAGUAAUCCAGCCCUAUAACAGGACGCAUCUGUUCAUCUGCGGCAGUGGAGCCUUCAGCCCGGUUUGUGCAUAUGUUAACCGUGGCAGACGUCCUGAGGAACAAGUAUUCCACAUCUCCUCACGAGCUGAAUCAGGAAAAGGGAGGUGUUCCUUCAACCCACAAGUCAACACUGUUUCAGUCAUGCUCAAUCAGGAGUUGUUCUCUGGAAUGUACAUUGACUUCAUGGGGACUGACGCUGCCAUCUUCAGAAGCCUAACCACCAGAAAUGCUGUCAGGACGGACCAACAUAACUCCAAAUGGCUAAGUGAGCCAGAGUUUAUUGAUGCCCACUUAAUUCCUGACGGCUCAGACCCGAACGACGCCAAGCUUUACUUCUUUCUGCGUGAGAGAAUGACUGACAGCAGUGGAAACACUAAGAACAUCCACACCAUGGUGGCUCGUGUUUGCCCUAAUGAUAUGGGUGGACAGCGCAGUCUGGUGAACAAGUGGACCACGUUCUUGAAGGCUCGCAUGGUGUGUUCAGUCCUGGAAGAAGAUGGCACUGAGACCCACUUUGAUGAACUUGAGAAUGUGUUUCUUUUGGAGACGGAUCACCCAAAGGGCCUACUCCUCUUUGGAGUCUUCACCUCCACAAGUUCUGUAUUCAGAGGAUCGGCUGUCUGUGUGUACAGCAUGGCUGACAUCCUGACGGUCUUCAAUGGACCGUUUGCACACAGGGAAGGGCCCAACUUCCAGUGGGUGGCUUUCCAGGGCCGGAUCCCGUACCCACGACCGGGAACUUGUCCUGGUGGCGCGUUCACACCUCACAUCCGGAGUACCAAAGAGUUUCCAGAUGAUGUCGUGACAUUUGUGAGGAAUCAUCCGGUCAUGUUUAAUCCCAUUUACCCGGUCGGCAGGAAGCCUCUGGUGGUGCGGACGCAUGCCGAUUACAAGUACACCUCCAUAGCUGUGGACCAGGUCACCGCUUCAGACGGACACUAUCAGGUCCUCUUUCUGGGAACAGAUAAAGGCACAGUGCAGAAGGUCGUGGUUUUGCCAUCGAACGGCUCUCUGGAAGAUGAUCUAAUCCUGGAGGAGCUGGAAGUGUUUAAGAAGCCGUCUCCCAUCACCAACCUAAGAAUUUCUUCUAAAAAGCAACAACUUUACGUUAGCUCUGAGCACGGGGUAUCCCAGGUGUCUCUGCACCGCUGCAACGCGUACGGCUCUGCCUGUGCAGACUGCUGUUUAGCGCGGGACCCGUACUGCGCCUGGGACGGACUCAGCUGUUCCCGAUUUUACCCCACUGGCAAAAGGAGAAGCAGAAGGCAGGACAUUAUGCACGGAAAUCCACUAACCGAGUGUAGAGGGUUCAAUCUGAAAGCCUACAGGAAUGCAGUGGAGAUGACCCAGUAUGGAGUUAAAAACAACACCACGUUCCUGGAGUGUCAACCCAAAUCUCCUCAGGCAUCAGUUAAAUGGCUGAUUCAAAGAGAUAAUGAUCGCAGGAAGGAGGUAAAACUGAGUGAUCGUGUGGUGUCCACCAACCACGGUCUUCUCAUCCGUUGGGUGCAGACUUCUGAUCGGGGCCUGUACUACUGUCUAGCCACAGAAAACGGCUUCAAGCGCACGCUUGCAAAGAUCCGUCUACAGGUGCUGAGCGAGGCUGUUGUCACUGCUUUGAGCGACAAACAUCAGUCUCCCUGGGGCUGGACUGCCGCGUUGCACCCGAAAGCCCUGGUCUCAGCCUUCACCCCGGCUGAGACGUUGGCCAUGCACCAAUUCUGCAAGGAGCGCAAACAGCUAAAUAGUUUACAGAAUCUGCAGAGUCCCACGAGAGGUGAUCUGGGUAAACUCAAACCGCUGCUGGACCACAGGAAGAGCAGGAACCGUCGAAACCACCUACUGGAGCAGUUUAUGGGUGCAUGAAAAGACUUAAAGAAGAAGGGAAGUGAAAUGAAAAGGUACAAAGACAUUCAAGAGGUAGGAGUACAAGAGGUAGUUUGUUGGUGGAGAACAUUAAGUUUAGUUUUCUCUGAUGUGAAACUCAGUUUUUUUAAGCUCAAAGCACCUUCUCUUGUGCUUCCUGUACAACGGUCUUAUGUGCAUGAGGAACGCCCAGACCAGAGGACUCUGAGCUAUCCUCACACACACACAUACGCACAGGCACUCAAACAAAUUUGUGUUUCAUGCUGCAAUAUACAAAAGCUGAAAAUGCUAUGUUAUACAGUAGACUGUAAUUUGAAGUUUAACUUGUAUGUUAUGUUUUAAGGACACGCCAGAAAGUAAUGCAAAAAAAUAAGGCCCCAUGAAAUAUCUUAAUGAGCGGUUUUCUGUCCUGUAUUGACCGAUUUCGUACUACAAGUUGGGCUGGAACAUAUUUGCAGGCUUUGCUGUUACCUUUUAAUAGCAGUAUGUUUCAUUGUAUGUCAUGAUCUUGAAAUGUAAUUUAUUAUCUGCUAAUUGGUGGUGGUAAAGGGAGCGUUCCAUUUUUAGAGAUUGGAUGGAACGUUUGGACACAACUAGGUGCAAGGUCAUCAGUAUAUUUGGUAAGAGAAAGACUUUAGUGUUAAGUGUGUGUGCAGUGUAUCUGCAAACAGUGAAAUUGGCCAAAUGUUAAACAUGCAUUAUAUACUGUGGAUGGUCUCCAAGUUAAAAGACAUAAAUCAAAAGGUCUCAAUUACUUGGAAUCUUCUUUAUUACUAUAUACAUAGUCAGAUGUCCCAUACAUCCAAUUUGCACACUACAUGGUCUGUUUGCAACACAAUUAUAACAGUAUUAAUGUAAAUCUACCUACAACUUCUCAACACACCUAACUGAACAACGGAGCUAUAUUAAAUAUCAUUUGUAUAGUUCUUCUAAUAUUGAUCAAUCAUCAUCCAUCAUUCAGAAGAACACUGUAUGCAUACAGUAUGUGAAGUACAGUAAAAAAAUGAUGACUUAAGGAUUUAUAGGAUAUUUCUUGGAAGCUAAAAAACCCACAGAUCAAAAUACAUCAACCCAGCUGCACUGCAGAUGUUCAUACUGGAAGUGAGGGGGGAGAAUAAAGUUUCAGAAGUGGGAUACAGUAACUGUACCAUCUUAGAGAGCUGGCUGACUUAGCCCAUUCAACUGUACAAAUACUAUUGUUGUGCUUGGGAAACUUUAAUUCAAGCUAGGUAGUUUUAAAGACUUAAUGUUUUUGUGAAUGUUUUUUUUAUAAGUUAUAAGUAUUGCAAAGUUUGGCAUGGUAUACUGAACCAGAAGUUGGAUUGGUCUAGAUAGCACUCUUCACUACAGGGGCACAUGCACUAUAGUUUGUACCUAUAUGACUGAGAGUUAUGAUGGCAUCAGUAUAUCACAAGUCAUAUGUACCUUUCUGUUUUUUAUGGCAUUUUUGUUCACUUGUUGAUAAGUUGAUCCAUAUUUUACCCAACCAUGGGUUGAAACAACCCAGCAUUUUUUUUCCAAGUAUACCGAAGCAUUAUUCAUAGUAUUUACUUUUUGGAGCUUUAAAUUCCUUUGUAGGCAUAUGCUUUGAGUUUAUGAGUAAGAGCAAUUGGAAAUUCUGCUAAACAUCUCCAAAUGCUUUUCCCCGUAUGGAAUAGUUAACUCAAGGUUCACUAUUCCUAACCCUAGCAUAGGUAACUGUGAUUGUGGAUUAUCUUGUUUUUGGUUUCACAGUCUUCACACCUAUAUUUCAGUUACACUGUAAAAAAGUUGGUUCAACUUAAAAAAGUAAGUUACCUGGUAGUGUUGUAAGACUAGUCUCAAGACCACGUUUUAAAGUUCUUGGUCUCGUCUUGGAAUUGACCGCAUUUUUACUCGUCUCGUCUCGGUCUCAGACAAAGAGGACUCUGGAUUUUAUUUCAAGACCGGUAAAGACCACAACUAUGGCACAUCACAAAUUAUUUUUUAUCAUUAAUAUUAUGCAGUUUAUUCAGGUUUGGCAUAUGGUGUUGGCAUUGUUUAAGCAUUGUUUAAGUUUCUCCCAAUGACAAUUUUUUUAAUUUUAUUACUAAAAACACCUGCAUUGUGUUAAGUGGAUGGCAAGCCAUGGAAAGACAGUUCAGAAUAAAUGGUUAAGUUUAUUUCAGCUCUUUAGUGUUUGUUCACUUUUAUUUGCUUAUAGACAAAGAUAAAUUCCCACAUAUCUGCAAUGCCUUUGAUUAUUUUAUCAAUUUUUCUGAUGGCAUAUACACACACACACACACACACACGCACACACACACACCCACCCACGCACACACACAAACAAACACACACACACACACAUGCGCAGACAAGAAGUGCCCAAUCAUAUGCAUAUUCCACAUUUUAUCAUAAGUGUUUUAAGGCAGUGACUUGCACUGGUCUUGGUCUUGACUUGGUCUCGGCCUGACUUGGUCUUGGUCUUGACCCUUUAAAGUCUUGGUCUUGUCUCAGUCUCGGCCAGUCUUGGUCUUGGUCAUGACUUGGUCUCAGUUUAGGUGGUCUUGACUACAACACUAUUACCUGGUUUCUUUCAAAUUUAUUUCAAGUUAUUUCAACUUUAAAAUAUAAGUUUACGCAACAUAAUUUACACAACUUAAACCGUAAACUAUUUUUUUUAUUCAUUUUUAAUUAAUUUUAAGGCAAGCAGGUAACUUACUUUUUAAGUUGAACAAACAAAUUAUUUUUUUUUACAGUGUAGAAAUGUAUCUUAUGUAUUCAGGCUUCAUUAUUAUACACAGUAAAAUAAUUUGUUUUAUACUGUAAUAAACACUGUAAAAAAUUCAGCACUUUUGUUAAAUCAACAUAACUUUUUAAAUUAAAGUAGCAUAAAAAUAUAAUUUAAAACAAUUUCAAGUUAUGUCAACUAUUUACAGGUCAAAACUUAAAAUAGUAUGUUGAAUUGACUUGCAAAACCAUGUUGUUUUAACUUCAUGCUGCUUUUUUUUUACCGUGUACUAAUUCACAAUUGUUAACCCUGCAUUAACAUUUUUCAUAUUUAUUACAUCAAAAACAUUAUUGGGCAAAUAAUGUUCUUAUUUGAAUAUUAAUUAGGUCAAUAUCAUUGACUAAUAGAACUUAAAGUUGUUUUAGUAUCUGAUUGUCCAUCUGUGGAAAUGACACAAUCUUAGUCCACGUAGGCUGUUAAAGUCACCUUAAACGUUACUUUUUGAUAUUUCUUGAUUUAUAAUAGCUUGAUUUCACAUUGAUUUCAAUCAUUACCUUACUCAGUCAAUAUUAAAGAUAUGAAGUUUAUAUUUUACCAGAAUGUUGUUUACAAUGUUUUUAUGUAAAGUAGUAAGCUGGGUAUUUACAGGCAAAGUCACAUAUAUUUAAUUAGUUAGUUAGGUAACCAAUGAUGCAAUCUUAUGAUGCAGGGUGAGACUCUCACUUCCUUUGACACCCCAGAUAUACCACAUGCAAAUUGUUUCAUUGUUAUAAAGGCACAUGUUAGCUGAUGUUAAUGAAUGUUGUGUCCAUAUGUUUUGAUUUGUUCAGUAUGCACAGCUGUAAUGUGAUUGUUGUGUUGCACAUGACAUUCAGCUGACGUUUAGGAUGUAGAAAUGUAAGGAUUGUACAGGUUUUACUUUGUUUUGAUGUUUAUGUAACUUAUGUCUUUUUGUACUUUGAGUGCUUGUGUUUUUAAAACACAUUUCUGUUUGUAAAUAGUUUUUACAUUCGGUUUCCGAUCAAACGUUGACAUUCAGUUAACUUUGAUUUCGCAGUAGAGUUCUUUGUGAUUAUUAUGGUACAUUUCACUCUUAAAUUAAAAUGUAUUUUAAUGCAAAAUACAAGGGAUAGUUUUGACUGAAUCUGCAUUUUGCAGAAAUACACGUUUCACAUUCUUAGUAUUCAGUGGCAUUUUGUCCUCUCUCCAAAGUGCUGUAAAAUGAAAAUUGUUUUAUUAUACCAUAACAAAUAUGACGCUGUAUCCCUGUGAAUGUUAAUGAUAAUUUUAUCAAAUGUUUUGAUUUAUGUAUUCCUAUUUAUUAAUGAUAUAAGCCUGAACAACUGCAUUAAAACUAUUUCAACCUGUCA